AUGUCGCAGCCACAUCCUCUCGACCCGGCCACCGUCGCCAUCCUCCGUCCCGCCAUCAUCCAGAUCCUCAACAAUGCCGACCUAAGCUCCAUCUCGGCCAAAAAGGUCCGCGCCCAGCUCGCCUCCCUCCCGCCAUCCGCUCUGCCCCCAGGCCUCGACCUCAGCGCAAGCAAGAAGGCCGUCGACGAAGUCAUCCGUGACUGCUUCGACCACAUCUCCAAAGGCAUGCCCGCUCCACCACAACCCCCCACCAACUCGUACAACGGCACCGCCUCCGCACCCGCUUCCGGAGGCCUGGCUCUCCCAGGCCUCGGCGGCGUUCGUGGCGGACACACUGCCACCCCGCCCUCCGCUCCCGCCGCCAAACCCGCCCCCGCCAAGUCGACGCCCUCCAAACCCAAAGCGGCGCCCGCUUCCAACGGAUCCAAGGCCAAGGCCGAACCAAAGCCCAAGAAGAAGGCGGCCACCAAGAAGCGUGCCGCCGCAGACGACGACGACGAAGACGAAGAGCCGCGCAAAAAGAGGGCUGCCAACCCCAACAACCCUUUCAACAGGCCCCUCAUCCUCUCUCCAAAGCUCGCAGACGUCUGCGGUGGAGACGAAAUGCCUCGUCACGCCGUAGUCAAGCAGCUGUGGGCGUAUAUCAAGUCAAAUAACCUCCAGAACGAGAGCAACAAGCGUCAGAUCCUCUGCGACGCCAAGCUUACCGACAUCUUUGGCAAGGAAGCCGUAGACUCGUUCGAGAUGGCCAAGCUCAUCGGCUCUCACCUCACAAAGAAGGACGUCGCAUGA